AUGGCGGACACCAUGUGCUCUCCCAGGUGCAGGGACAUUGAGACCAAGCUGGACAGCAUAUCUGCUGCCUUCUGGGAAAAACUCGCAGUCAGAAAGAAACAAGCCCUCGAGCUGGGAGCAAGAGGUUACUUACUGAGGCAUCCACACUCCCAGCGCAGAUACGAAGCUCUCAAGGUUAAGGGAGCCCGCAAAUGGUGGCAGAAGAGACAACAGUUCUUAUCUGGUUGUAAAUCUACACAUCCGACUUCGGAAGCAGCUGGGCUCCACCACAGCAGAGUGGCAACUCACCCUGAUCCCUGCUACCAGCCACGAGGUCUCCAAAGAGCCAAAAUGCUGAAUCACUCUGGGUUCAGAUGUCACUAG